AUGGCGUCUGUGAGCUCUGCUUCUCUCCCGGCUGGCACACCAAUCACCUGCCCUGCACGCCACACUCCUGCCCUGCACGCCACACUCCUGCCCUGCACGCCACACUCCUGCCCUGCACGCCCUACCCUGCACGCCACACUCCUGCCCUGCACGCCACACUCCUGCCCUGCACGCCACACACCUGCCCUGCACGCCACACUCCUGCCCUGCACGCCACUCACCUGCCCUGCACGCCACUCACCUGCCCUGCACGCCACACUCCUGCCCCGCACGCCACUCACCUGCCCCGCACGCCACUCACCUGCCCUGCACGCCACUCACCUGCCCUGCACGCCACACUCCUGCCCCGCACGCCACUCACCUGCCCUGCACGCCACUCACCUGCCCCGCACGCCACUCACCUGCCCUGCACGCCACACUCCUGCCCCGCACGCCACACACCUGCCCCGCACGCCAAACACCUGCCCUGCACGCCACACUCCUGCCCUGCACGCCACUCACCUGCCCUGCACGCCACACUCCUGCCCCGCACGCCACACACCUGCCCCGCACGCCACUCACCUGCCCUGCACGCCACUCACCUGCCCUGCACGCCACACACCUGCCCUGCACGCCACUCACCUGCCCUGCACGCCACACGCCUGCCCUGCACGCCAAACGCCUGCCCUGCACGCCACACACCUGCCCUGCACGCCAAACGCCUGCCCUGCACGCCACACCGCCUGCCCUGCACGCCACACACCUGCCCUGCACGCCACACGCCUGCCCCUCACGCCACUCACCUGCCCUGCACCUCUGUUCAUUGGUGCUCAGGAGACAGGUUUACGACCCCAAAUAGAGCCCAGUGCACCAAUCACAACAUGGAAAGUGUCUUUCCAGGUCUGUGUAAAACCCUGUGAAAAACCACAGAGAGCCCACCAAGAACAGCACCACCACCAGGAUGAGCCAUCACAUACAUCCACUCACACAUACUACACUUUCACCCUGUGA